UGCCAACCACCGGUCAGCGAAACAAACAUGGGUUAUUGUCCCUCUUUAAGCAUCUCAGUUCGCUUGUCUACCUUAGCUUCUUUAUACUAUACUUCGUACCCUCCUCAAGGAAAAGCAAACAAGGAAGCUCAUCACUUGCAGGCUUUAUUGCAUUUCCCCUUCACUACUGGUUUUCAACAAAACUUGAAUCAUGAGUGAAGAGAUUGAGAAACCUUUGCUGGAUCCCGAGAAUUUCAACCGGGAGGGGAUUGAUUUGGCACGGUUACCACUAGAGGAAGUUUUUGAGCAACUGAGGACAUCCCGAGGAGGACUUACAUCUGAAGAUGUUGAAGCUAGAUUGCAUAUUUUUGGUCCAAAUAAGCUUGAAGAGAAGUCGGAAAACAAGUUUUUGAAGUUUCUAAGCUUUAUGUGGAACCCGUUGUCAUGGGUUAUGGAAGCUGCAGCAGUGAUGGCAAUUGUCCUUGCUAAUGGUGGAGGCCAGGGUCCUGACUGGCAGGACUUUGUAGGUAUCAUUUGCCUUUUGAUCAUCAAUUCAACAAUUAGUUUUAUAGAGGAAAACAAUGCUGGAAAUGCUGCAGCAGCACUUAUGGCCCGUUUGGCUCCAAAAACGAAGGUCCUCAGAGAUGGGCAGUGGCAAGAGAGAGAUGCAGCUAUUUUAGUACCAGGAGAUAUAAUUAGCAUAAAACUUGGGGAUAUCAUCCCUGCAGAUGCUCGCCUUCUUGAAGGAGACCCACUUAAAAUUGAUCAGUCAGCCCUUACCGGAGAAUCCCUUCCAGUCACUAAGAGGACAGGAGAUGAAGUAUUUUCCGGUUCAACUUGUAAGCAAGGCGAGAUUGAGGCUAUUGUUAUAGCUACUGGAGUUCACUCUUUCUUUGGAAAAGCAGCACACUUAGUCGACUCCACGGAAGUUAUUGGACACUUUCAGCAGGUCCUCACUUCCAUUGGGAAUUUCUGCAUCUGCUCUAUUGCUGUAGGGAUGAUUCUUGAAAUCAUCGUCAUGUUCCCUAUACAGCACCGUUCAUACAGAGAUGGAAUCAACAACCUUCUGGUUCUCUUGAUUGGAGGAAUUCCUAUAGCUAUGCCAACUGUACUAUCUGUUACUCUGGCAAUUGGUUCUCAUCGACUCUCUCAACAGGGUGCCAUAACAAAAAGGAUGACUGCAAUUGAAGAAAUGGCAGGAAUGGAUGUCCUCUGCAGUGACAAAACUGGAACACUGACCUUGAAUCGCCUUACUGUUGAUCGAAAUCUUAUUGAGGUUUUUAGCAAAGAUAUGGAUAAAGACAUGAUUGUUCUGCUUGCAGCAAGAGCCUCAAGAAUGGAAAAUCAGGAUGCUAUUGAUGCAGCCAUCGUUAACAUGCUUGCAGACCCAAAAGAGGCUCGUGCAAACAUCAAAGAAGUUCACUUUCUGCCAUUUAACCCAGUAGACAAACGUACUGCCAUUACAUACAUUGACUCCGAUGGUAAUUGGUACCGUGCCAGCAAAGGAGCUCCUGAGCAGAUACUAAGUCUUUGCGCAGAGAAAGAUGAAAUUGCUCGAAAGGUGCAUGCUAUCAUUGACAAAUUUGCUGAAAGGGGCUUGCGGUCUCUUGGUGUUGCUUUUCAGGAAGUUCCAGAAAGAACAAAGGAGAGCCCUGGAGGUCCCUGGACAUUUUGUGGGUUGCUGGCUUUAUUUGAUCCUCCACGACAUGAUAGCGCUGAAACCAUUCGAAGGGCCUUAAACCUUGGAGUUUGUGUAAAAAUGAUAACAGGUGAUCAGUUAGCAAUUGCAAAGGAGACAGGCAGAAGACUUGGCAUGGGAACAAACAUGUAUCCUUCUUCAUCAUUGUUGGGUCGUGAAAGGGAUGAGAAUGAAGCUCUUCCGGUGGAUGAACUCAUUGAAAAGGCAGAUGGCUUUGCUGGAGUAUUCCCUGAACACAAGUACGAAAUUGUAAAGAUUUUGCAAGAAAAGAAGCAUGUGGUGGGUAUGACUGGAGAUGGUGUGAAUGAUGCGCCUGCUUUGAAGAAAGCAGACAUUGGAAUAGCAGUGGCAGAUGCUACAGAUGCUGCAAGGAGUGCUGCAGAUAUAGUCUUGACUGAGCCAGGCUUAAGUGUGAUAGUCAGUGCGGUCUUGACUAGCAGAGCUAUAUUCCAAAGGAUGAAAAACUAUACGAUAUAUGCUGUCUCCAUAACUAUUAGAAUUGUGCUUGGUUUUGUGCUUCUAGCUCUGAUAUGGGAAUAUGACUUCCCACCUUUCAUGGUUUUGAUAAUUGCAAUCCUUAAUGACGGAACUAUUAUGACUAUUUCCAAAGAUCGAGUAAAGCCAUCUCCAGGUCCUGACAGUUGGAAGCUUAAUGAGAUAUUUGCAACUGGCAUUGUCAUUGGAACCUAUCUUGCUUUGGUUACUGUCCUUUUUUACUGGAUUGUAGUUGACACUGAGUUCUUAGAGGUAUUUAAAUUUACAAAUCUUGUUUCCUCUUUCUCUCCCUACAGAUAUUUUUGGAAACUAAUUAUUUUUCCUAAAAAUCUCUUCUUUUUGUUGCAGACUCACUUCAAUGUAAAGUCUAUAUCCGACAAUACCGAUCAAAUUUCCUCUGCAGUAUAUUUGCAAGUUAGCAUCAUUAGCCAGGCUCUCAUCUUUGUUACUCGUAGUCAAAGUUGGUCAUUCCUUGAGAGGCCUGGUGUUCUCUUGAUGUGCGCAUUUGUGGUGGCUCAACUGGUGGCUACCUUAAUUGCUGUUUAUGCAGAUAUUAGCUUUGCUUAUAUUAACGGAAUUGGAUGGGGAUGGGCUGGUGUUAUAUGGCUGUACAGUUUAAUUUUCUAUAUACCCCUGGAUAUCAUCAAGUUCAUAGUUCGCUAUGCAUUGAGUGGAGAAGCCUGGAAUCUCUUAUUUGACAGAAAGACUGCAUUUACCUCCAAGAAAGACUAUGGAAAAGAAGACAGGGCGGCCAAGUGGGUUCUUUCUCAGAGGAGUCUACAGGGCUUGAUGACCGCAGACUUGGAUUUCAAUGGUAGAAAAUCAAGAUCUUCAUUGAUAGCUGAGCAGGCGAGGCGGCGUGCUGAAAUAGCCAGACUUGGGGAGAUACACACUUUAAGAGGUCAUGUAGAAUCAGUUGUAAGGCUCAAGAAUUUGGAUUUAAAUGUGAUCCAAUCAGCUCAUACAGUCUAAACAACAAACGUGAACAUGGUAUUUCCGGUUAUUUUAGUGAAGGUAAAUCUAGCAGCAGUUGCUCACAUAAGUAUUGUUGUGUAUAUUCUCGAAAGAAAUCAGCAUUUGUUGCCCACGAGUCGCUAAAAAUCGAAUCAGGGAUCGGUCCCCUCCCUUCAUUUUGGCUUCCAAGGUCAGUAAUGCAUUAUCAACAGUCCUUUAAGCGAACAACUCCUGCCAUCUUCUAGUAUGUGUUGCAAUUUUUUGAUAUAGAACAGGACUCUUUAUCUUGAGAUUUCAACAUUCUUCUUUUCAUUUGCAUUAAUUUUUGUAAUAUUUAGUCAAUUCCAAAAAUAAUAAUCUACCUGACACAGUGGAAAAUUUUCUUUGAUGAAUUUCUUUGAAUUAUUCGUAGUCCAGAGCUGGAACACAGCAUUAUACAAUGUGGCAUUAAGUCAUAAUCUGCAACUGCUGCUCUUGUAUGGUUACUUAUAUUAUCGACUCUGAUGCGCCUUGCUGCUUAUCUCAUCUGUGUCAAAUGCUUUAAAUUUUCAACUGAGGUGGUACACUAGUUUAACAGUAGCAGUUUUGAUGCACUAAUCCUCCCAUUAUCACACAUUCGAGUAUUUAAGUUCUUUGUCAGAAAAAAAAAAUAAGAAAAUAAAAAGAGCAAAUAUACGAGUCGAAAAAGAAGGGGGAAAAAGGGGAAAAAGAAAUGGAAAGAAUUGAAGAAGCUUCCAAUGCGUAUGCACGGUGUAAUUUUGGGCUAACUUGGCAGACGGUCUCUUUUUCCAACCGUUUGAAAGUUCGGGACUUGCCCUUUGAACGAAGCAAAACUUGGGGCCCGAAACCAGACUCACUCUUCAAGAAACAGCAAAGGUAAAGCUGGCAUUGACUCGGCCCAAGGAUUUCAUACCUUUAAAUAGAAGAAAGGAAACU